AUGUUAAAGAAGAUGUUAAAGAAGCUAAGGAUGUCACUGAACCUGUCAAGGAUUCUGAACCUGUUUCGGUCAAGGCAGAAGUGCCAGAAGUUGAAGCUCCUGUCUCUGAGAAGUCAGCAACUUUCCAAGUUGAAGAGCCUGAACAAGUUCAGCAAAUUUCUGAAAAAGCUGUGGAAGAGGCUGAACAAGCCACUCCUGCCGUACCUGUUCCUUUCAGCUCUGAAGGAGAAUGUGAGUGAGGAUGUUGCGGCGAUUUCUCCAGCAGUGGAAAAACAAAAUGAAGAGGAAGAAGCUCCAGAAACCGAAACUAAGGGAGAAGAAAAAGAAGAAGCCGAAGCCAGCAACGACGAAGGUGCUGAUGAAGACGAAGAAGGUGAGGGUGAAGAAGAUGCUGAGGCUGAAGAUGGUCUUGAUCUUUCUCAAUUCUUCCAGCGUUUGCAGGAAGUCAAGCCUAUUGAGGACCCUUACUCCAUGACCUAUCCAGAACCAUUUACUGGUGUCGAUCCAAAGUGGAAGAGCGAAAAGGCAUUCAGAUACGAUCCUCAAUUUUUGAUUCAGUUCAAAGAUGUGGUUCAAUUCCCCAUAGAUGAAGAGUUCAAAAACAAGUUGGAAAGUUUGGGCAUCACUGCUGGCAGAAAGGCACCCCAGGGUGCUCGUGGUGGCCUGAAUCGGUUUGGUGCUGGAGGAGCACGUUUUGGACCUGGAAUGGGUAACAGAGGCCAAUUUUCUGACCCAAGACAAAACUCCAGAAACGGCUCACGCAGAAGAGGAGGAAGCAGUGGUGGUCCAUCGAGAGAUAAGUCUACGAGAAGGGGUGCACCUUCUAGAAGAGGUGGACGUGAUCACAAAGAUGAUGGAAUCACCAUUCCUCCAGAGGAGAUUAAGCCAUUGGAGAAGAGUACUAAUAGAUGGGUUCCUAAGCCAAGAGGAGCUAAGGCCGAGGUCAAACUUGCUCCAGAUGGCACAGAAAUUUAUUCUGAGGAGGAUAUUGAAAGAAAGGUCAAGUCUCAAUUGAACAAAUUGACACUUGAGAUGUUUGAGCCUAUUUCGGACGCUAUUCUCAAGUUGGGUGACCAAUCCAAAUGGGAAGACGAUGCUAAAACUGUCAGACAGAUCAUAUCGCUUACGUUUGCCAAAGCUUGUGAUGAGCCUUAUUGGUCGUCUAUGUACGCUCAAUUCUGUGCCAAGAUGUGUACUCAAAUGAGCGAUGAAAUCAAGGAUGUCAAUAUUCGCCUCAAGAGUGGAGAUUGUGCCAGAGGAGGUGACUUGGCUAGAAGAAUUUUGUUGACCACUUGUCAGACCGAAUAUGAGAAGGGAUGGAGUGACAAGUUGCCCACGAAUGAAGACGGUACACCAAUUGAGCCUGAAAUGAUGUCUGACGAAUAUUAUGCCAUGGCUGCUGCCAAGAGAAGAGGUCUUGGAUUGGUCAAGUUCAUUGGUCACUUGUACAUCUUGAACAUGUUGAACGAUCAAGUGAUCUUGCUUUGUUUGAGAGACCAGUCGAGUAACGUCAAGGAUCCUUCUGAGGACAGUUUGGAGAACUUGGCGCAAUUGGUCAACACCGUCGGUGCUCGGUUGGAAACCACCGAGAAGAACAGAGCCGUGCUCAAUAUUGUGUUCGACAACAUUCAGACCAUCUUGGACAACUGCAAAUUGUCGUCAAGAAUCAAGUUCAAAUUGAUGGACUUGCAAGAUUUGAGAGCUUCGAAGUGGAAAUCUGCCAAGGCUGACGCCGGACCAAAGACCAUUCAGGAGAUCCACGAAGAUGCAGAAAUCAAGAAGUUGGAGGAUGAAAGGGCUGCGAUUGAAAGAAGGCGAAAGAACAAGACUGAGUCUCGGUCCAACUCGAGCAAAAUGGGAUCUUCUUGGGGCAGUUCUCCUGCUCUCAAAAAGGAUCCUCGGGCAACCAAGGACUCACGAGGGUUUACUGCGGUUCAACCUCGUUCUCAGUCGUCUAGACAAAAUCUUGCAUCACCAGUGGACAGUGCCAAUACCACCGGCAACACGGUGUCUCCUCGGGAGAACUCCAAGCGUAGUGAGUCGAUUCAAAGCGCUGCAAAUAUGUUUGCUGCUUUGGGAGGAGAGGAAGAUGACUAG